AUGGAAGGAAAUAUGAGAAAAAAUAAAAUUUUUUCAAAAAAAUUAAAUUAUUUAUUUUGUAUAGUUGUUCCUAUUGUGUUGAUUUUAAUAAUAAAUAUAGUGGAUGGAAUUAAGCAUCAUGAUAUAUCAGGAAGAAUAGAAAAUAUUAUACAUUCAAGACAUCUAUCUGAGUUAAAAAAUGAUAAAUAUGGAGGAUUAAGAAAGACAAAUAAUACAAAAACGAAACAUCUAGAUUAUAAUAAUAUAUCAUAUCAGCUAACAAAAGAAGAAUUAUAUGAAGUGUUAAAAGAUAUGAAAGAAUUACCACCAAAAAAUGAGCUAAUGAAUUUGUGGCAUCAAUCACUUAAUGUAGGUAAACAUAUGACUGAUAUGGUGAAAGAACUAAAAAGUAUUAUACAGCCAUGUUUAGAUAAAUAUGAAAGUAAAAACAUUCCAACUUUCCAUAUAUAUUAUUAUGCAACAUGGUAUAUGUGUUUAACUAACAUCGGUGAAAAUUUAUUAAAUAUAGAAUUAAGAUAUACCAAUGAAUUUAACAAUUUAUUAAAUCGAGAACAUACAUUGGAUGAUAUAAAAAAUCACAUAUAUUCAUGUAUUUUAGCUUUUGAAGAAGUGAAACAAAAAUUAUAUAAUGAAUAUGAAAAGAAAUUUCAAUAUAUAGUUGAGUAUCCGAAAAAGUAUUAUAAGGGUCAUUUAUAA